AUGUUAGGGCAGUGGGUACGGGAAGCUGAUCACAACGGUGGAGAGCAGGGCCUGGUAUACUUGCUGGCGUCGUCCGUCCUCCCAGACUCACUCUUCUACUCACGUAACAAUCCUGAUGAGUCCCGAAUUGAUCCUGGGCUCAAGACGGACCCCACCCCCAGCAGGAAGACGACGGGAAAGCUCCAUUUCCUCAUGGCUCAAACACUCGAGAAAAAGCUCUGGUUCCUGCAACGGUCGACGCCCAAAGACCCACACCAGUUCCUUACCCACAAGCGCCCCAGAGCAACAACUCUAAACCGAUACAGGCAGGAUGGUCUUGGCCCAUCAAACCCGGCCCGUGCCGGCCUGACUCAGAUGAUCGAUCCCUGGCUGCCGCAGUCAAGACACAGCAAAUUAAGCCUGCGCACACGCAAAUUGCCGCCAAUACGCUAUACCCUAGCUGCCCACUGA